CUUCCUCAACAUCUCCUCGCAUUACCUUUUUCGAGAAUCUGCAGAGGUGCUGAUAGGCUUCGGCCUGGAGAAGAAUCGCAUCGCAUCGCAUCAAAUCGCAUAACCUCACGACGACAUCAAUUACACAUCCUACUACCCUACUACCGACCAAAACAUCCACAAUGUCCACCAAAUCUUCCUCCAAGCCCGGCACAGGAUUCCUCACAUUCAACUCGCUCCCACCCCGACUCUGGCUCACCGGGCCCUCCCCACACCCACCAGAGAAACAGCUCCUCUACUGGAAAGAAGAAGGCUACGACGUCACCUACCUACCCUACACGCCCGACGACCAAGCGAGCUACACCCGUGCGCUGAAGAGCCUACACGACGACCUCGAGCUCGGCGAAACCUACGCGAUAGUAUGCUACGGCGCGGCCGCAACCGCGGUGCUCAAGACGGCCCAGAAGCCGAUGCCCAAGUGCUGCGCAAUCGUCGCGUUCUACCCGUCCGUGCUGCCUGACCCGCGGCACAAGUUCCCGUCGCUGCUGCAGGUCGUCGUGCACGUCGCGGGGCUGGAGCAGAUCUCGCCGCCGGCGGAGCAGUGCGCGUGGCGGUGCUACCGGUACGAGAAGGGGCGGGUUGGGUUCGCGGACCCGGAGGGCGACGAGUUCGAGGAGGUGGAGGCGGGGCUGGCGUGGAGUCGGUCGCUGGCGUGCGUGCGGAGGGGGUUCAAGAUGGAGGAAGACGUCGAGGAGGUCGCGGAUAGGGCGUGGAGGGCGAAGUAUGAGGGCGACCCCGAUGCGUCUGAUGUCGGGGCCGCGGCGGUGGUGACGAGCAUGACGCAGGAUAGUCCGCAUGUGACGAUCUUCCCGACGCUGGAGGGCGGGGUGGGGAGGAAGAAGCUGAAUGAGUUUUAUAGGGAGUAUUUCAUCCCCAGUGUGAUUGACGAUUUCGACCUGAGGCUCGUGUCGAGGACGGUCGGGGUGGAUAGGGUGGUGGACGAGAUGUUGGUGUCGUUCACGCACACGGACGACAUGGACUGGAUCCUGCCUGGGGUGGCGCCGACGAACAAGCGCGUUGAGAUUCCGAUGGUGAGCAUCGUGGCCGUCCGCGGCGGCAAGCUCGUCUCCGAGCACAUGUAUUGGGACCAGGCGUCGGUGCUGGUGCAGGUCGGAUUGCUCGACCCCAAGGUGGUUCCCAAGAAGUUCAAGAACGGAGGGUUCGACGGUACGGAGUUGAAACGAUUGCCGGCUGUGGGUGUCGAGGCAGCCAUGCAAUUGCUGGAUCCGCAAGAGAACAGGUAUAAUGAGCUGCUUCGAGAGAGUGGGCUGGUCGGACCUUCGACGAAUGGUUUGAACGGAGCGAAUGGUGCGUGAAGGACUAAAGGAUAGGCGUUUCGAUCUGAAGGCUUCUAGGGUAAUAUGCUCUAGAAGAAGAAGUAAAAGGGGUUUUGUGAAUUUUUAGCACUUCAGC